AUGACGGCUUUGAGCCCAGGAGCAGAGUUUAGGACUCCCACAGGAGGGCCACUUAUUUCCCAUGAUUCCCAGAGAGGCAUACCUGCACAGACACUGCUCCACCUGUCCAGCUCACCUGCUGCACUGGACAGGUGGAAACAGGAUCAAAGAGAGGCUGUGCCCGAGUCACAGAGAGCCACAGUGAAAGAGGACAGAAAAGCUGGGGAAGAUUGGAACCAAUGGCAGACGGAGUUCAGAGGUCAGAUCCGGGCCCUGCGUCACUGGCUGAAGGACAUGGAGAUGAGGCUGCCCCAUGUGGAACCUGGGCUCCAGAGUGAUGGCCGCUCCAGUUCGGACCAGGACUCCAGUUGGAGCACGCUACACAAGAAGGGUGCACGUUGUGCCUUGACCCUGAAAGAAGACCUAGGUGAUCCUGAGACAUUGCUUCAGAACCUGGAGGUUUUGCUGACAUGGGUUUCUGAGAUAGAGGAACUUACAACCAAUCAGAGGCCUCCCUCUUCAGAGGUCAAGGUGGUGAAGGCACAGCUGCAGGAGCAAAAGCUUCUGCAGCGGCUGCUAGAGGACAGGAGGGCGAGUGUGGAGUCCAUGGUGGAGGAAGGGCCGCUGUUUGCCGAGGCACACGAGGGGAUAGACAGGGAGCACACCAUCUGCCAAAUAUCCAGCCUGAGGCAAAGAUGGGAAGCCCUCCUGCUGGAUGCAGAGAUCAGGCACAGAAGUUUGGAGGAGAUCCUACCCAGAGCUCAGCGCUUCCAGGAGGUCUCAGACUGCCUCCAGCAGUGGCUCAUCUGUGUGGAGCAGGACCUGUCGGAGCUGCGGGGGGCAGAGAGGAGCAUGAUCCACAUCCAGGAGUCCACCAUGCGAGCCAAGGCAGCAGUGGAAGAAAUAAAAGCCAAAAGUGUGACGCUGGGGGAGGUUCGACAGAGGGGUUAUGAACUCAUGAAGCUGAUAUCAGAGGAGGAGUACCAGCUCGUCCAAGAGAAGGCCGACAGCCUGGGGAUCAGGUACUCUGUGGUCAGCCUGAGCAGCACCGACGUCCUGCAGAGGCUGGAGCAGGCCCUGGAGGCCUCCAACCGCUGCACGUCCUCCCAGGAGGACCUCCACCUGUGGCUGGGGAGGAUAGAGAGGGAGCUGGUGGGCUCGGGAAGCCAGACGCCACCAGGGGACGCUGUCCUGUGCCGGACGGAGAGGCUGAGGCUGGAGCAGGCGGCUGAGAAGGAACUGGCCUGGUUUGAAGUCACAGGUCAGAGGUUAGAAGAGCUAAAGGCCAUCAGCUUAGACCCAGACCUCAUUUCCACACAGCUGUAUGACCAAAAGAUACUUGCAGUAGAGAUUCUGCAGCACCGAUUCAACAUUGAGAAGAUGCUGAAGAUCUCAGAAAUCCUGCAGAGCUACAGUGAAGAAGGGGACACAGGUGAUCUACAGGUUCACCUGGAGUCCCUGCAGGAACAAUGCCAGGCUGUGUCAGACAGGAACUCCCAUGUUGUGCUUCAGCUGGAACAUGCUCAGUCGCUUCUGUCCCAGUUCUCCGAGAGCCACGCCGAGGUGUCCCCAUGGUUACAAGAGACCCAGACUCUGAUUGGCCAGCUCUCUCUUAAUACCGUCAGUUACGAGGCAUUCAAAGAGCAACAGGACCUCUUACAGGGUCUGCGGGAGUCUGUUGCAGAACACAAGCCCCUGAUCGCACGCCUUGGCCUGGUGAGCAGGCGCCUGUCAGAGCUAAACCCCACCCAGGGGGAGGAGUUCUGCCGGAGGGCCGCCGAGGCCGAGGAGCAGCACAGCAACAUUAGGGAGCGGGUUAGAGAGGCAGCCAGCCUAUUGGAAGAGGCCCUUCCACGCUACACACAGCUGAGUGAGCGGAUGACCCUUCUGGGUGAGAGCCUGGACCGCCUGUGCAGUCGGCUGCAGUCCCCCGUCGUGCUGCAGGGUCAGACCUCCCGCAUCCAGGAGCAGCUGCAGGACAGCCGGCACACGCUGGCUGAGCUGGCCAAGCUGGAGCUGGGGCUGGGCGGAGUGCGGGCGCAGGCGGGCGAGCUCCUCGACAGCGCCCUGGCGGCGGGCAACAGCUUCAUCGGUGCAGCUGUCCAGGAACGGGUGUCCAGUCUGGGACAGAGAUGGGAAGAGGCUCAGGCCCAAGCUCAGGAGAGGGAGAAGUGGUUGCUCAACCUCCUGGACCUGGCUGCCAAGUUUUGGAGCGACGUGAAUGACCUUACCGCCGUGCUGAACGACACCCAGCAGUCCGUCCUGGACCUGAACGGGAACGGGACCGACGCCGAGACCAUCCGCCAGAGCAUGGAGACCAUGCAGACCCUCAGGGAGGACAUAGACAGCUUGCAAGGGGAUCUGGACACAUUGGGCAUUCUGGGAUUGGACUUGAUGUCAGCAUGUGGGGACACUGACAAACCAGAUGUCACAAAGAGCUUGGAUGAGCUUUACUGUACGUGGAAUAACCUGAGCAAACUGUGGACAGAGUGUUACAGCAAGCUGGAGGCGUCUCUGCAGAUGGCCCUACGUUACCAGGAUAGCAUGCAGGGGUUGUUUGAAUGGCUGAAGUCUGUUGAGCUGAGAUCCACUGAGGAGUUUUUGGUGGGAGCCGACUUGGAUGCUGUGAAACAACAGCUGUGUGAUCUGAAGGAGUUCAAGCGGGAGCUGUACCAGAAGAAGAUCGAGAUGGAGAGUCUCAACCACCGUUUUGUCUGCCGGCUCGCCCCGGGCUCAGAGAGACCGGGCUCCGUCUCGCCCUUGUGUGACUUCCGCCAGCGCUGGGAUGGCCUUGAGAGGGAGACAGUGAGCAGACAGCACCAGCUAGAGUGUGCGCUGCUAGGCCUGGGUCAGUUCCAGAAUACCCUGGAUGAGCUGCACACCUGGCUGUCCCACACUGCCGACCUGCUGCGGGGCCGCCGGCCAAUCAGCAUCGACCUGCAGACCUGCGAGAUCGAGCUGGCCAAACACAAGGUCCUGCGGAAUGAUGUGAUGUCCCACGUGCGAACGGUGGAGUCCCUGAACCAGGCCGGGCAGGAGCUGCUGGAAGCCGGGACUGGGGACAGCCCCCACGGCCUACAGGCCCAGCUGGAGCAGCUGAACGAGCGCUGGGAGUUUGUGCGCUGCGAGACGGAGAGGAGGCAGCUGGAGCUGGAGAACAACCUGGGCCAGGUCCAGGAUUUGAUGAUGGAGAUUCAGGAUCUGCUCCAGUGGCUGGAGAACACUGAUCUGAGGCUGUCCUCCUCCCAGCCAGUGUGGGGGCUGCCAGAGAAGACCAGCGAGAGGCUGAGCGCCCACAUGGAGCUGUGCAAAGAGAUGGAGUCCAAGCUGGACAUCUACACCAGUGUGAGGAGCGCCAUCUGCAGGCUGCUGGAGAACGGCGACGUGGCCAGGGGCUCCAGCACGGAGCACAGCCUGUGCAUUCUGGAGCAGAAGUGGGAGGCCGUCAACAGCAAAGUCCAGGACAGGAAGGCGAAGCUGACGGAGGGCUUGAGCCUGGCGAAGGAGUUCCACAGCUCUGUCCAGGACCUGCUGACCAAAAUGUCUCAAUGCGAGGGAGCCAUUGGAGGCCUGCCUGCGCCCAGCUUCAUCCUGGACACAGUCUGCGCCCAGCUGCAGGAGCACAGGAGGCUGGUGAGUGAAGUGCACUCCUACAGUGAGAAGAAGACCACGGUGGAGAGCACAGCCUCAAGCCUCAAAGAGUUCAGCAGGCGAGAGGACUGCGACGUGGUCCAGAACCUCGUCGUGACCGUGCAGGACCGUUACGGCAAGCUCCACCAGCGCGCCACAGAGCGGGGGAAAGCCCUGGAGGACGUCAAGAAGCAAGCGAAGCAGUUCAGUGAGUCCUGGCACAUGUUAGUAGACUGGAUGACGGAGGUGGAGCGAACGCUUGACACACACAAAGAGAUCGCCGUGUCCCACGAGGAGAUCAAGCAGCAGCUAGCAGAACAGAAGGACUUCCAGAAAUUGCUGCGGUCCAAGAGACCCAUGUAUGAGAGUACCCUGAAGACUGGGCGAACUCUGCAUGAAAGAUCCCAAAACCUUGAGGACAGGAAGCAGCUGGAGAACCUGGUGUCCGAGCUUCGAGACUCAUGGGAUACCAUCAGCGGGAAGUCCUUGGAGAGACAACACAAACUGGAGGAGGCACUGUUGUAUUCAGGCAAAUUCACAGAUGCCCUUCAGGCUCUCAUGGACUGGCUAUAUAGGGCUGAACCACAGCUGGCUGAAGAUAUGCCGGUUGGAGGAGAAAAGGACCUGGUCACUAAUCUGAUGGACAAACACAAGGUGUUUCAGAGGGAGCUGGGGAAGAGAGCCGGGUGCAUUAAGACCCUGAGGAGGUCAGUGCGGGACGUGACCAGAGGCAGCACUGUUGACGCUCAUUGGCUACUGGAGCAGAUGGAGGAGCUGGAGGGCCGCUGGGACGCUGUGUGCAAGCUGUCCGUCUCCAAGCAAGACCGGCUGGAAGAGGCCCUCCGACAGGCUGAGGAGUUUGACCGUGCAGUCCACUCCUUCCUGGAGCGCCUCUCAGAUGUGGAGAGGUCUCUGAAGUAUGGGACUGUCCCUGAGGAAGAGGAGGCCCUGAUGAAGCUCCACAAGCAGCAUCAGGAGUUGAUGGAGUCCUUGCGCAGCCAGGAGCUGGAGCUGGAGAACAUCCGGUCACUUGGGGAGGGGAUCUUGGCAUCCUGUCACCCUGACUCCCUUGUCACCAUCAAGUCCUGGAUCAGCGUCACCAAGACCCGCUUUGAGGAGGUGCAGACAUGGGCCCAGCAGCAGGGGGAGAGGGUGCAGGCCAGCCUGUCAGCGCUGGAGGCAGAGCGGGAGGAGGUGCAGAGGCUGCUGGACUGGAUCUCCUCUGCAGAGGAGUCUCUGACACUGAGGGACCAGGAGCCCCUGCCUGAGAGUAUUGCCCAAGCUGAGGAGGCCAUUAGCCAGCACACGGUCUUUAUGGAUGAACUGAACCGGAAAUUUCCAGAAGUUGAGAAUGUCACAAAGUCAUGCAAACAGAAGCUGAUACCUAAGCGACAGAUCUCCCCUUGCCGCAAAACACCAACAAAGCGGAGAAGCACACCAAAGCUCCAGCCCCCUCCGUCCCUUCCCUUGGAGAACUUGGACCCCCAAAGCCCUCAGCUGUGUCAGCUGAUCAGCCGCUGGCAGCAGCUGUGGCUCCAGGCUCUGGCUAGACAAGGCCGACUUCAAGAGCACCAACAGAAACUGCGAGAGAUUGAGGAGUUUUCCAACUUUGACUUCAAUGUGUGGCGCAAGAGAUACAUGCAGUGGAUCAGUCACCUGAAGUCCCGCAUCCUGGAUGUUUUCCGCAGUAUCGACCGAGACCACGACGGCCGCAUCAGUCAAAAGGAGUUUAUUGACAAUGUCCUGUCUUCAAAAUUCCCCACCAAUUCCUUGGAAAUGACAGCAGUGGCGAAUAUCUUCGACAUUAAUGGGGAUGGUUUCAUUGACUACUACGAGUUCGUCAGCGCUCUACACCCUAGCAGGGACCCGUACAGAAGAGCUUUAGAUGCUGAGCAAAUCAAUGAAGAGGUGAGUCGACAGGUUUCCCAGUGCAGCUGCCCUCAGAGGUUCCAGGUGGAGCAGAUCAGCGCCAAUCGUUACAAGUUUGGAGACUCCCAGCAGCUGCGGAUGGUUAGAAUUCUACGUAGCACUCUCAUGGUCCGGGUAGGAGGCGGCUGGACAGCGUUGGAUGAGUUCCUGGUCAAGAAUGACCCCUGCAGAGUGAAAGGCAGGACCAACGUGAAGAUGAAGGAGAAGUAUUUAACCCCAGAUUCAUUCGUCACCUCUGCACGCAGAGGGACGCCUCCGUCCAAAGGCCUGACAGUCAGCCGGUCCAAUUCCAGCCUCAGUCUCUACAGCAGUGCUUCAGCACCGAGCAGCCCCUUAACUCGUAAGUCUGUUCUGAGGAGGAGUCUGUCCGGUGACCGCUGUGUAAGGCCCAGAAGUUCCAUUGCAGCGCUGGGGACAGAGCUGCAGUUUUCCUCUCUGGGAGACAAUGGCUCCCCAUCACCACCAGAAGAAGAAGAGAGACCGCCCACAUGACCCCUGCGCCCUGGACCAAGCCGAAGCAGCCAUGCUGAGCUCCGUAAAGCCUUGAGGCCCUCAAGAAGAGCCGGGCCCAUACAGAGUCCCCUGUACAGCCUGAUGAAAGACAUUCAGCACACAACUGGACUGAUCCGAACCGUGACAAGGGCAGCCAAUGGCGAGACAGCUCUUUGGUCUGGAGCCAGUAGACCUGCAGCUCAGACGAGGUGUAAUUCAGAGGUCAGGCUUGAGACCUCUCUGUUACACAUUGAACGUUUUAUAGUUUUUGUUAAAUGUCAUUAUUUCUCUGUAUCAGUGUACAGCUGAUAUUCCCGAGACAUGGGAACAAAACCUAUUUGGGUAUCUAUAAUAGAAAUGAGCAGGUAUAUUGAUAUGUGUAGUGUGGAUACCAUUGGCAUGCCGCAACUGCGUUUAGCACAGUGCAAUGCAGUGCUUCAUAGUUCUGCGUUAGCUCUGCAGCUUAGUGCUGAAGAAUGUGAAGUCCACUGGCUUGCUCCUCUGUUUGCCCCUGUGCAACUUGAACUCCUGAGCAGAUUUGAUCUGCUCCAGCACAAGGAUGGCAAGUGAAAACUUUAACACCAAGCUUUAAAGCACUGCAUUGCCUUGCUGUGCCAUCUGAAAGCACCUGAAUUCUUCACUCUGAUAUGAUAGAUCAAACAGGAUCAUUUGAGAACAUAUCUACGUUAUUUUCAAGUUCAGAAAUUAAUAUCAUAUUGACUUUUGGUAGAGUUCUCCCUUAAGCUAUUUAAAACAGUUCACAAUGGGUGCUGCUAAAAGCACUCGUGGGUACUUAUUGGCAUGUUUUAAACUGGGCCACUGUAUUUUGCCUGAGGGUAUCCUCCUCUACAGAUGAUGUUGAUGUUACUAUGAGGAAAACCAGCUUAUAAGUCAAUAACAGAGUCCCAGGAAACUCUUGCUUUGAUAUAAGGACACUGGACAGUUUAAACAACUUGAAUUUUCACGUACUGUAAGAAACUUUAGCCAGCUGCAAUAACCACUAUGCAUCCUGCAUUGCAACACAUGUAAAAUACAAUGCUUUCUUAUCUAGCA